GCAGGAGAGCCCGGGGCUUCGGCAGGCAGAGCAGGCCUCUCCCCUCCGUCCUCGUCGUCCUCAUCGUCGUCCUCCUCCUCCUCCUCCGUGGUGGUAGUGGUGGGACUCCCCCCGGCUGCUGCCCCUUCCGCCGCCGCUGCCGUCCCCCAUCGAAGUAGCGGCCACAGCCUGGUCAGCGGCAGCAUCAUGCAGGCCAACGGGGCAGGAGGAGGAGGAGGAGGUGGUGGCGGCGGCGGUGGAGGAGGAGGGGGCGGCGGGGGCCAGGGACAGACCCAGGAACUCGCCUGCCUGUCGGCCCAGAAUGGGGAGUCGUCCCCCUCGUCGUCGUCGUCCGCGGGGGACAUGGCCCACGCCAAUGGGCUCCUGCCUUCAGCCCCCUCCGCCGCCAACAACAAUAGCAACAGCCUGAAUGUCAAUAACGGGGUCCCCGGCGGUGCGGCCGCCGCAGCCUCCGCCACCGUCGCAGCCGCCUCCGCCACCACCGCCGCCUCCUCUUCCUUGGCCACCCCAGAACUGGGCAGCAGUCUCAAGAAGAAGAAGCGGCUUUCCCAGUCAGAUGAGGAUGUGAUUAGGCUAAUAGGACAGCACUUGAAUGGCUUAGGGCUCAACCAGACUGUUGAUCUCCUCAUGCAAGAGUCAGGAUGUCGUUUAGAACAUCCUUCUGCUACCAAAUUCCGAAAUCAUGUCAUGGAAGGAGACUGGGAUAAGGCAGAAAAUGACCUGAAUGAACUAAAGCCUUUAGUGCAUUCUCCUCAUGCUAUUGUGGUAAGAGGCGCACUUGAAAUCUCUCAAACGUUGUUGGGAAUAAUUGUGAGGAUGAAGUUUUUGCUGCUACAGCAGAAGUACCUGGAAUACCUGGAGGAUGGCAAAGUCCUGGAGGCACUUCAAGUUCCACACUGUGAAUUGAUGCCACUGAAAUACAAUACAGAGCGCAUUCAUGUUCUUAGUGGGUAUCUGAUGUGUAGCCAUGCAGAAGACCUACGUGCAAAAGCAGAAUGGGAAGGCAAAGGGACAGCUUCCCGAUCCAAACUAUUGGACAAACUUCAGACCUAUUUGCCACCAUCAGUGAUGCUUCCCCCACGGCGUUUACAGACUCUCCUGCGGCAGGCUGUGGAACUACAAAGGGAUCGGUGCCUAUAUCACAAUACCAAACUUGAUAAUAAUCUAGAUUCUGUGUCUCUGCUUAUAGAUCAUGUUUGUAGUAGGAGGCAGUUCCCAUGUUAUACUCAGCAGAUACUUACAGAGCAUUGUAAUGAAGUGUGGUUUUGUAAAUUCUCUAACGAUGGCACUAAACUAGCAACAGGAUCAAAAGAUACAACUGUUAUAAUAUGGCAAGUUGAUCCGGAUACACACCUGCUAAAACUGCUUAAAACAUUAGAAGGACAUGCUUAUGGUGUUUCUUAUAUUGCAUGGAGUCCAGAUGACAACUAUCUUGUUGCUUGUGGCCCAGAUGACUGUUCUGAGCUUUGGCUUUGGAAUGUACAAACGGGAGAGCUAAGGACAAAAAUGAGCCAAUCUCAUGAAGAUAGUUUAACAAGUGUGGCUUGGAAUCCAGAUGGGAAACGCUUUGUGACUGGAGGUCAACGUGGGCAGUUCUAUCAGUGUGAUUUAGACGGUAAUCUCCUUGACUCCUGGGAAGGGGUGAGAGUGCAAUGCCUUUGGUGCUUGAGUGACGGGAAGACAGUUCUGGCAUCAGAUACACACCAGCGAAUUCGGGGAUAUAACUUCGAGGACCUUACAGAUAGGAACAUAGUACAAGAAGAUCAUCCUAUUAUGUCUUUUACUAUUUCAAAAAAUGGCCGAUUAGCUUUGUUAAAUGUAGCAACUCAGGGAGUUCAUUUAUGGGAUUUGCAAGACAGAGUUUUAGUAAGAAAAUAUCAAGGUGUCACACAAGGGUUUUAUACAAUUCAUUCGUGUUUUGGAGGCCAUAAUGAAGACUUCAUCGCUAGUGGCAGUGAAGAUCACAAAGUUUACAUCUGGCACAAACGUAGUGAGCUGCCAAUUGCAGAGCUGACAGGGUACCUAUGUAUAGUGAACUAUGUGAGCUAGAACUUAUGGAUUCCAUCCAUGAUGGCCAGCGCCUCAGAUGAUGGCACUGUUAGAAUAUGGGGACCAGCACCUUUUAUAGACCACCAGAAUAUUGAAGAGGAAUGCAGUAGCAUGGAUAGUUGA